AUGGCUUCAAUAGCGGCGUUAAGUUUUAUCGUUGGUCUUCUCGGUGUUUACCUCACCAUGCCAGAUUCUGAUUACAGCUUCCUCAAACGCCGUUGUAGCCUCCAUGACAUUCAACUUCUACGAGAUAACCUUGAGAGCUAUACAAGUGACUACAUUGCACAAGUCUUGGUGUUUUGCAUUCACUCUUGUGAAUGUUAUUGA